AUGUAAUAAAUAGAAACUAAAAUAUAUCCGUUAACAUUAGAAAGAUAUAAGAAUUGGCAAGUAAAUAAAUAAAUUAAUUAAUAUUUAUUAUAAAAUAAAAAUCUUUGUUAAUAAUAAUUAAUAGAAAAACAGCGAAAAAAUUAAAUGGAUCAAGGAAGUUUAAGAGGUGAAAGUGAACAAGGAUCUUCGAGCCAGCAGAAGGAACAGAAACUUUAAUUAGCAAGAAGACCCAAGUUAGAUUACAAUUAGCAGUCUAAGUCACUUAUGCUCCUCACAAAUUAUUUAAAAUUAGAAUUAAAUAAAAGUAUUGAGGAAAUCUACUUACUAAGAGUGGAUUUUUAUCCUAGAAUUGAAGCUGAUAAUAGAGUUUUGAGAGAUAAAUUAUUGAGUGUCAGCAGAGCUUAGUUAAAGGAAUGUUUGGGAGGGCAUUAUUUAAUUAAUGCUCAAUAGAUCUUUUCUGUCGAAAAGCCUAAUUUUAAUAAAGAAACAUCAAUCUCAAUAACUUUUCAGAAAACUGAUUACCAAGUUAACUUGAAAAUCACAAAGGUAUUUAGAUUAGAGGAUUUGAACAAUGAAAAUUAAAGAAAAAGCUAAUUCCCUCUCCUUUUCUUUAAUGUCAUGGUAAAGAAUAUACUCAAAGGAUUAAAUUUCUUUGAAUUUGGAAAGAAUACAAAAUAUUUUGAACCCUCAGCUGAGUAUCAUUCAAAAAUAGAAGGUACUAAUUUAAUAGUUUACAAGGGAUGGAAUACUCCUUUUGAAAAUUGUAGUGACGGCCUACUUAUGAAGCUGGAUAUUUAACAUAAAGUUGCCAGAAGAGAAAAUGCUUUGAAUUACAUAAAUUUAAUUUAUAAAAACAAUAAUGAUGCAUCUAAAGAGUAAAAGCGUAAGUUAGUUUGUGAAAAGUUGCAAGGACAAACUGUAAUGGCUAAUUAUGGCAACUUUAAGCAAUUUAAAGUUCAUGAUGUAAUUUUUGAUAAAAAUUGCAAAGAAUUAAAAGUAUCAGAUCCUAUUUUAGAUCCUAAUUCCAAAGAAUCAUAGCUACCAAUAGAACCACCUACUCUGCAAUAACCUAAUCCUGAUUCAGAUUUAACAAUUUAUGACUACUACUAUAAAAAAUAUGGUCUUAAAAUUAAAUAUGAUAAAUAACCUCUUCUUUUAGUUUAUGAAAAGAAACUUAAGAGAUUCCUCUAUUUCGUUCCUGAAUUAUGCUUACUCACAGGUAUACCAGAUGAGCUCAAUGAUUAUUAAAAGAGAGAAUUGAUUACCUGUACCAAACAAAAACCAUAAGAAUUAUACAAUAUGGUGACAUAAUUUAUAGAUAAAAUAGUGAAUGUCAAUACCACAGAAGGUUAGCUAAAUACAUAAUCUAUAUCUGAGCAGCUAGGUAUCAACUUCAGCAACCAUCCUCAUGUUAUCUAAGCCAAACAAAUUGCAUAUCCUACCAUCACAUUUGGUGGUCCUAAAAAGGAUGCCCCACGCUAAACAAUCGAAGAUAACAGCGCUUCUCAAUUUAGUAUGAAAUACCCUGUUUAUAGCUCAGGCAAUCAGCUCUCCAUAGCUCUACUUCACUUUAAAGAUUUCAACACAAUGGAUCUUUUUUAAAAUUGGAUUAAAAUUUAGAAGGAGCUAAGAAUUGAAGUUAAAAAACCACAAGAAUUCAAUUUAGGUGAUUUCAAUAAUAAGGCUAUGUAAGAAAUUGAGCAUGUCAUCCGUAGAGAAAUCAAGAAAGAAAAAUUUGACAUCGUUGCUAUAGUUGCUCCUAAUAAAUUCUCUACAGUUCAAAAUUAUAGUAAAAUAAAAAAGUUGUGCACAAUCACAUAACAAAUAAAAUCCUAAUACAUUCGUUAGCAAUCUCUAGACUCAAAGCAGUCUUACAAUGUCUGCUCAGCAAUUCUAAGUUAAAUGGCUGCAAAAUGCGGAACUACUUUGUGGGUGGUAAAUCCUCCUAAUGGUAUACCAGACAACACAAUGAUUAUUGGAACAAGUGUAUAAAAGGUAUUUAUUAAUGGACAACCUCAAUUUGUUAUUGGCUUUGUAGCUUCUCAAGAUAAAAAUGUUAGUCGUUUCUAUAGUCGUGCCACAUUUUAAAAGUUAAAUAAAGAUAAUAUUGAAAAAAUCAGCACUUUUAUUGUUGACGCCAUUAAGUAGUACUUUGUUUAAAAUAAAUUUGUACCUGAAAAUAUCAUUUAUUUGCGUGAAAACAUUGCUGAUUAAGGCAUUCAAAAAUACUUGAGUACAGAAAUAAAAGAAGUGCUUAAGUCAUUUACAGUACUUUCCCCUUAGUAUAAACCAAAGCUCUGUGUAGUUUUGUUAGAAUGUCGUCAUGGUGUUCGUGUAUUGCAUUAGCUAGGAGAAGGACCUAAUAAAGAACUUGUAAAUCCUCCUCCAGGCACUAUCAUUGAUUCUUCUAUUACCAGCAAGUAUCAUUAUGAUUUCUAUAUGAUAUCCUAAAACGUAAAACAAGGAACUGCUACCCCAGUCCACUAUAAAGUAAUCUAUGACACAACUGAAUUCCCAGAAGGGAGAUUGUAAGAGUUGCUAUACAGUUAAUGCUUCAAUUACGUUAACUGGAGUGGUAGUAUAAAAUAUCCUGCCCAAAUUUAAUAUGCAAAGAAACUAGCAAAAAUGGUCGGAACUUUUAUUUAAGAAGAAGUAUCAGAAAAGCUUUUCAAUUCAAGAUUUUAUAUUUGA